AUGUUGACAGUCUGUGUAUAUAUUCGUGAGUGCCCAACAACGCCUCUCUCUGGCCCCCCACCCACGUCGUGCACGCCACCUCCACCGCGAGAGCACCGCCCAAAGCUGUUCUUCGCGUCCGCCAAGACGGGGGAGGGCGUCGCAGAGGCGUUCGAGCACAUCGCGCCCCACGUUGUCGUGCAACGGCAGCACAAGGAGGUGUGCGAGGCGCGAAUGCUGCGCAUGCAGGACGCGGACGACAUUAUCCGCCCUCAGGCAUAUGUCCGGCGACCACAAAUGGCCCCUGAGCCACCGUUGCCUGUGAUGGAGGAAACUCAGCAGGGCCUGCAGUGGCGCGCGUCGAGGUGUGCCGGCCGCGAUUCGCGUACAGUGAUCGGAUCUCGUAAUCUAGAUACAGCCGGCUUAAUCUACAAAGGUAGCCACUACUAUCAUUGA